GAUUGAUCUGAAGAAGUAGCUCACAAAAGUGAUCCAACCUGCCACGACAAAAGCCCAUGAAACCGAGGAACAGUUGCCUUAUAAAGCGCAGUGUGUAAUUGAUUGCUGCCAAAGUUCAAUCCUUCUUCUUAUAAGUAAUCAGUCAUCAUCAUUUAUCAAAGAACGCCACUGGUACAUAUCUCACUAUGACCGAAAGCUUGAUCGUUCGUCCAUCGGCCCCUGGCAGUGCUGGUCAACCCGUCACUGUCACUGUCAACGCCUACAAAGUCACUCUUCCUAGCAGAAUCAUCCACCAUUAUGAUGUUGCCGUCGAUGGUGUGGUUGGAAAAAACGGUACCGUCGGAGACGUGCCUCCGAAAUUCGGCCGUGAACUGUUCACGUUCAUGAGGGAUAACUUGAAAGCAUUUGGGAAGGCUGCCGUGGUUUAUGACGGCCGCAAGAACUUGUACUCACCCGAAAGAUUCAACUGGCCAAAUGACUGUCAAUCGCUCUCAGUUGACAUGACCACUGGCAAAAAUUCUCGGAAAUUCACCGUCAAACUUAGCAAAGUGUCCGAUAUCAAAUUGGACAACUUGGUCAAAUACGUCAAUCGUCAGGUUGGCUCCACUCCUGAUGAGGGCGUUUACAAUGCAGUCAAUGCUUUGAAUGUCUUGUGCAAUCAUGACUUGAUGAUGCUGCACCCCAAUGCGAAGAACAAGUUCUUCCCGGAACCUGAGAAAGAAGGGCCCCAACUUAAAUACCUCAAGGGGGCUAUUGAGAUGUGGAGAGGUUACUUUUCUUCUAUCCGGAUGGUGCCUGGCGGAGCUAUUUUGAACUUUGAUUUGACUUCUCAACCGAUGAUCCGGGCCGGUAAUUUGAUCGACGUAGCCGCGGACAUCGCUGGCACCAAUACUGCCGGUCUUGUAAAACUUCGCCCCCAACAGCUCACCCAGCUCACUCGCGCGCUCCGCGCGAUCAGAGUCACCGUCAAGCGUAGUGAUGGAACCAAGUUCAGGGCAAAGGUCAGAGAGUAUGGCCCUCUCACAGCCAGAACCCACAAAUUCACCGUCGAAGAAGCUGGAAAACCUCCCAGAACGACCACCGUCCAGCAAUUCUUCCAAGAGCAUUAUGGAGUAACUUUGCGUUCACCAGAUUUACCAGUCAUCAAACUAUCUGCCAAGGCUUGGUAUCCUAUCGAACUGUGCGACGUCGACCCUGGCCAGAAGUAUAUUAAAAAACUCGAACCGGAUCAGUUGGCUGAUGCCAUCAGAUGGCUCACAGUCAAACCUUACGACCGAACCCAGAUGUUAUCAGAAGGAGUCGCCAAACAUUUGAGAACUAGUGUAUCGCCCGUUCAAUGGGGACUCAGAUUUGAUCCCCAACCCAUGACUGUCAAGGCCCGUCGCCUUCCCCCUCCUACUGUCAACCACAUGGGCAAGUCGGGUAAAAAGGAAUCUACGCGUGUUGAUAAUGGAACAUGGAACAUGGCCAACAGAAAGGUCUUCAGCCCCGCACCUCCUAUCAAAAACUGGAUUGCUGUAGUGUUUGGUGCAGGUGGGCGGUUUGAUCAAGCCACCGCCCAAAAAUCGCUUUCCGACUUGAGAAGCAGCAUGAUUGCCGCCGGUCUUACUGUGGAAAGUGGUCCAGCAGCCGUAUUGCCCGCCCUUCCCAACGACUCCCCAAUGCCCAACACUGACGGCAAAGACGACAACGUUGGAAAGUGGAUCAUGUCCAAGCUCAAGCAAAAGCCACAGUUGAUCGUGUGUUACCUCAGAGACAAAAACGCGUGGCAAUACAGACAGCUCAAGAUCUUCGGCGAUACAGCUCAAGGUGUACCUAGCCAAUGUAUGGCCAUUGAGAAGAUCAUUGGGAAAGGCAAUGCUCAGUAUUAUGCUAACGUGACUUUGAAGAUCAACGCCAAGUUAGGCGGAAUGAACCACGUUCUCGGAUCGGCUGCUCCUUUCCUCAUGAACCCUCCAACCAUGGUCAUGGGAGCCGAUGUCACCCAUCCCGGAGCAGAUUCCCUGGAACCUUCCAUUGCCGGCCUGGUAGCAUCCACCAAUCAGCAUGGAUUGGGCUAUGCAGCUGAAUUCUCGGUUCAGGCCGGACGGCAGGAGAUCAUCGGUGAAUUAGACACCUUGGCUCUAGUUAGUGCAGCCUCAUCCAUCUUCCUUUCUUGCCUUUGUCACUAUCGUCUUGCUGACAUGAAUCGCUCGAUGUUGCUUUGGCUUGGUAUCCAGAAAUUGUUACAGAAGUACCAUGACCGCAACGCUGUACUUCCUAAGCGUAUCGUUUUCUACCGUGAUGGAGUGAGCGAAGGGCAGUUUCCUCAAGUUAUUGAAAAGGAAGUGCCACUCCUCCGCAAGGCCAUCGGUGCUGUUCAAGCGAACUCGGCCCUCAAGAAAGCGCCUGGUGGACCAAUCACCCUCACAUUCAUUGUCUGCGGAAAACGUCAUCACUUCAAAUUUGGCCCCCAAAACCCCUCCAAAGACGGUGACCGCAACGGUAACCUGUUACCCGGUAUCGUUGUAGACACGGGUGUAGUCCAUCCUUUCGACUUUGAUUGGUACGGGCUAAGUCACGCCGGGUUAUUGGGCACGUCCCGUUCCGCACACUAUACCGUCUUGAUAGACGAUGGAAAACACACGGCGGAUGCUCUUCAAACGUUGACCUACCAUUUAUGCUACCUAUACUCGCGCGCCACUCGAUCUGUUUCAAUCGCCACUCCUGCGUACUAUGCUCACCACAUUUGUACUCGCAUCAAACAAUUCUUGAGUACAGUUGACGUUCACCAAGGAACCAGUAGCACACCCACCCAAGUUGAUGUUGACCGCGCCUUGACUGAGUAUCGAAACCGUGCUGCGCAAUAUAAAGCAGGCUUCGAUUCCGUUUAUCAGAAGGCGCGUGCUACCAACCCGGUCCCCGAAUACUGGAUGUGAACGUUAACUCAUGAACCUGUGGUGUCGACUCCGCGAUCCGUUCUGGGCUCAUGGUCCUCUGUACCACUUUGCAUCCCGUCUAUUGCGACAUUUUUCAAAUCUAUCUCUCUGUCUCUUUUUCUCAAUUUCAAUCUGCUACAUGAGGCAGAUACAAUGUCGGGGGUUUCUCCACCAUUUACCAUCGCCUGCCUCGUGUAUCUAUUCAUCCGUCAGUAUAUGAGUCUGCGUUUGUGUUUGUGUGGAGUAGUAUGUACCCGCUUGAGGUUGAUACCCCGUGUUGCCUCAAUGCUCAUUUCUUGAAUGUGUACCCAAACAAGAUGGACCUACUUAUGCAACCCCACUCAAAGGAACAAGAAAUCAUUUUUAGUAGUGGUGCAUGACAAUGCAACAGAGUUGACCU